CCAAGGGCGGCAUUUUGAAAUUGACCUUGGGGCCGCUUUUAAAAGUUUGCUGAAGCAUGAUGACCUCGGUAGCUGCACCCGAAUCCCUGCAGAGUGCGGGACAGACUUCGCACACUUUGAUGCCCACAUGUACAGGAACGUCUGUUCUGGGUAUAAAGUUUGAUGAUGGCGUAAUUCUGGCUGCUGAUAUGUUGGUCUCCUACGGUUCGUUAGCUCGAUACAUGGACGUGGAGCGGGUUGCCAAAGUAAUCUCCUUACUUUGCCAUUGCUAUCAUAGAUUAACGACCGAACUGUACUCGCUUGUAGUGGCGAUUUCGCGGAUUAUCAACUCCUGAAGCGCCGCAUCGAUGAGCAGACCCACACUGACAGCUUGCUCUGUGACGGAUUUAAUCUCAGGUACUUUCCUGUUCUUCCUUAAGUUUCUGAUUUGCAGUGCUCGUGGACUUCACUCCUGGAUUACGCGCGUUAUGUACAAUCGUAGGAGCCAACUAAACCCUCUCUGGAAUACUUACAUUAUUGGUGGACUUGAACAAGAUGGUAGACCAUUUUUGGGAUUCUGUGAUCUUCAAGGCGUUUCAUUCAUGGAUGAUUGCAUGGCCAGUGGUUUCGGUGCCUACUUCGCCAUUCCACUGCUCCGACAACGCUUGGAGGAUCUCGCUGGUGGUGAUCCAAAGAAGCUUUCAGAAGAGCAGGCCAUACAGGCUGUGACCGAUGCUAUGCGUCAGCUCUAUUACCGUGAUUGCCGGGCUUGCAACACCUAUCAGUUGGCAAUCGUGAGGUCCACGGGUGCGGAAGUGCGGGGCCCCCUGAAAUUGGAGUCUGACUGGUCUGUGGCGGAAUAUGUGUCUGGCUACGAGUAGUGUUGACACAAUCUCAUGCCGAGGGCACUGAUUUGUUUUUUUUCUGAACAUAAACGAACCCGUUUAUAAACUGACUCUGCAGCAUUCUUCGGUUGUAGAUUGGAUGGCUAUUGAUCUGUUCGCCGAGCUUGGUAAUUCUGUUGCACUCGAGCUACCAGUCCUUGGUUCGAACCCGACCUCUGUUUCUCGACUACCCCUGCCUAGGCUUGGGCAACCUGACAGUAUCUCAGCCCUGGUGCUUCCUUCGGGUAGCAUGGCAGCUAGUCACCUGAAGGGUGUUACAGCUGAACGAUUUUUUAUCCAAUUUGGGUUCAAGCAGAACAUAAGGUUGACGGAAACUCGGGGACUGCGCCUACUUGAUGAACCCCAAGAAGGGCGAAACCGGUCGUGGGCUGUCGAAAAGUUUUCGGCGACCUUGUCCGUGGCUCGAACCCGACCUCUGCCUCUCUGGGCUUGGGUAACCUGGCAGUAUCCCAACCCUCGUGCAACCUUCGGAUGGAAUGGCAGUUAG